GCAGAGGAAAGUAAUAUAUAUUGGUUUGAACAGUGGUCAUAGUGACGUUCUGGGCCAUCCAGAGAAACAGAUGGAAGAAACUGGAGGCUCCUCUCCUUAUCUGCUGAAUUUGGAGAUGUUAAAUCUCCAAACUACAAAAGUUGAAGACUAAUACCAGUAACAUGAAGAUGCAAAGAAGAAGAAUGAAUUGCCAUCUUCAAACUUUCAAAAUAUUUUUGGUGUCAUUUUUAAAAAAAAUCGUCUUCAACAUUGUAGGCUGACUCAUUUUCUGUCAGGAUGGAUCUGUUGUUUGGGCGCCGGAAGACCCCAGAGGAGAUGCUACGGCAAAAUCAACGAGCUCUGAAUCGUGCCAUGCGAGAAUUAGACCGUGAGCGGCAGAAACUGGAGACCCAGGAGAAAAAGAUCAUUGCUGACAUCAAGAAAAUGGCCAAGCAAGGGCAGAUGGAUGCUGUGAAAAUCAUGGCUAAAGAUCUGGUGCGAACAAGGCGCUAUGUCAAGAAAUUCAUCCUGAUGAGGGCUAAUAUCCAGGCUGUGUCCCUUAAGAUACAGACACUCAAAUCAAACAACUCCAUGGCUCAGGCAAUGAAAGGUGUAACCAAAGCCAUGGCUACCAUGAACAGACAGCUCAAGUUGCCUCAGAUUCAGAAGAUCAUGAUGGAGUUUGAAAAGCAGUCAGAGAUCAUGGAAAUGAAGGAAGAGAUGAUGAAUGAUGCUAUUGAUGAUGCGAUGGGAGAUGAAGAGGAUGAGGAGGAAAGUGAUGCUGUUGUCUCCCAGGUGUUGGAUGAGCUAGGUCUGACAUUGACCGAUGAGCUGUCAAAUUUGCCUUCCACGGGUGGUUCUUUGAGUGUGGCAGGAGGAAAGAAAGCUGAAGCCUCCGCAGCCCUCGCUGACGCAGAUGCCGAUUUGGAGGAGCGGUUAAAGAACCUACGGCGAGAUUAGAAGAGCAGUGCCCAGCUCCCUUGCCCUCCCCUAGCAUGGGUGCCCUCCAGACACUACUGGUGUUAGGAUUGCAACUCUGCUGUGUCAGGGAGUCCUAGCUUUGCAAGCUUGUGUGGGGUUGACCGUGGGUGGCAUAAUUGGGGGAAAGAAGGGUUAAACCAAACCACGUGGUGCUUUUAUAUUCCCCUUUAAUUUGAAAGGACUUUCAGCAUCACUUGGCAAAAGUAUAAGGUAAAAUAUUUUUUUCACACUACCAUGAAAAUGCUUCCAUUUCCAUGAGGCCGAAUAGAUUGGGAUCUAAAGGAAGGGGGGGGGAGGGCAGGAGUGGGUGCCAUUCCCUAUUUAAUACCCCAUGUUCUUUUGGUGAUAAUGGCAAGGUGGAGGGGGGGGGGCGAAAAGGGAGAACAACAAGCUGUACUGUGGCUGAUAUCUCUGCCACUAAGAAGUGGCCAAGGACUUUAUUAUUCUUUUUCCCAGUAAAGCUUUAUAUAAAACCCUGUCCCUAGAGGCAGGCAAAUACAUAGGCAGGCUGGCCUCCACGUUCGAUUUUUUGUCUCUUGUAAUAAAGGUUGUAGUUUAUACUAAGAGUUCCUCUGGCAUCUGCUCUUGCCCCUGAAAUGGAACAAACUGAAACUGUCCCCUGACAACUCUAGUCCUAAGACAUUUGUCUCUCUUUGUUGUGCAUCUGGGAACUUUUGGAGCAGGGCAUGUUUUAUGUGAGAAAUGUAGGCAGAUUUCCUUGGUUCUAAACAUUUCCCUUUGAGUCUGGGAGUAUAUGAAGAGCAUUGUAAGUGUCCUCUUAUGCUCUACCUAUGUUUGAAACUAUGGACCCAGUUAGUGAGUUGUAGAUAAAAUAUGCGGGUUAAAGCAAAAGGAAGACUCAUACAGUUUAAUUUUGAAUAGAGAGCACUGAGGCAAUACCUACUUAUACAGUGCAAAAUUAAGCUAUGGAAUUCCUUUCAGCAGGAUGAAGUGAUAGCUUUGACUUUCAAUGCAAGGGAAUUUAUUUGUCCUCUCUAAAUUUGGAUGUUAAAUCCAGCAAUCCUGAUAGCUGUGUGGUGACAUCAAAGGCAGAAAAGGGCUGAAAGAGAGGAAGAUUUCUCUUGAAUCCAGUCAAUGGCAUGGCACAGGAAAUUGAGUGUCUCCUGUGGAACCAGGUUGCUGGAUGAGAAGCUAUUUGGCUGAUCUAGCAUGAAUGUAUUUGCCUUACUAGAAUCCAAAAGAGGGUGUACACAGCUGUGCCAGGGAAUCUUUCAGAUGGAAUUGGGGAAGACCAGAAGAUGAAGGGAAUUUUGUGAGGCCUACCGAACAUAUGACAUGUGUCCUGGGGUGUAUGGACGAUCUAGCUUCAUUCUAGAACGCAACGAGGAGGAGGAAUUUCUGAAAUCUCUUCCAUUUUUGUUCACCUGAUAUAUCUAUUGACUUUCCGCAAAUGAUCCAAGGAGGCUGAUUUUCUUUUUCCUUGUCUUUAUUUUUAAUUACUAUUUUUGGAGGAGGGAUGCUUCUGAUUCCCAGGAUCCAAGGUGGAAUGUCAUCUGAGAUCUGAAUUGUUUGGAAACGCAGUGUCCAGGAUGUCCCAGGGAUGGUGGAAGUGGUGAUUCUGAAGGAUGCCCGAUCAUGGGAUGGCUCCAGCAGGCUGUUUAAUGUAAAGCUCUUCUGCGGAUUUAUUUUUCCUUGAGUGCUACUGCACAAAGCAAAUAUGGCAAAGGUGAGGGUUCCAAAAAUCUGAGAACAUUAUGCCAAAAUCAGAAGAUUUCCAACUCAGUAAUUUAACAUGUCCGGUCAGAAUAAAAUACAGGGGCUUUAUUGAAGUUGGGAACUCCUUCUGUAGUGCCUGCUGAGAAUGGUGAAUCAGUGCUGAGCUUACUGUUGGUUGAGCAUUCUGGAGUCCCUAUGGGAAAGGAAACAUGGCUGUCUGGGAGUCCCAGUGAUUUGGAGGCUGUAAAUGUAAUAGAAAAUCAUAGAGUAAUGUCGGUGUAUCCUCCCACUUCUGUGGGAUAUAAUGUUUCUUCCCUUGGGCUAAGCCAUAGCUUUCCUGGCAAAUGGGUGGGGUGGAGUGCCAGCAAACAAUUGGAUUCACAUUACAAACUAGGGUAAAAUGGAGUAUGGUGGCUUGUAAUCAGUAUAUCAGUAUAAUCAUUAUAUGGUGGGAACCCAACCAUUGGUUUCCAGUGUUCCAAAUUGGGUCGUCAAAUAGUAUAUGUGGUUUAUUUAGAUAUAACGUUAUUUGAACACAGCAACUGUUUUGGGGGGCUCCUGUGUCAAUAUCUGAACUUGGAUUAAGUAUUGCUAAUGUUUUCUCUUUCAGGAACCAUAUGUCUUUAAUAUACAUUGUCUUGCAUAAAUCUACUUGAUGAAGUUUUUGCCUCUCUUUUUAUCUUCUUGUGUAGAAAAUAUGUGUGGAGUCAAGCAAAUCUCCUGUGUUAACACCUUCCCACUAGUGCCAAUACUAUUUAUCUUCAGAAACUCCCUAGUAACAGAGAUUCUCAUUCUUCCCACAUUCCUGAUAUUCCUAUCCAUCUAUGGCUUGUUUUCCUUGUUAAGCACCCUGAUACCAUGGAAGCUUGCAUUUAAAAAUGGAGUCAAGGGAUAAAGUUUCAUUGCAAUAACUGCUAUACUUCUACAUGCCUUUUGUCUUUUAAAUAAAGUGGAAAGUGAAAUCCUUUCCUCCAAGAUAAUAUAAUUGCUGCACACUCCCUCUUUCUGACUAAGUUAAUUCCCUAUAGCCCAGCUAUUCUGUAUUGCAACUUGCCAUAUUCCCACUGAAUGCUGCCACCAAUCCUUUUACCCCUGAAGUCCAAACAGUAUAGGGACACUCACCUAGGGACCAUUUUUUAGAUCCGGGUGAGCUAUGCCCAGUGCCCGCAGGCAGGAAUGAUAUGUCUCCAGCAGCUCCUUGCAUGCCUCUUCUCCCUUUUCUUUAACACUGCAAAGGUAAAGAAGUGGUAAAGCAAUGAUAACAAUACUACUGGUUUGUCUUACAAUUGAACAACAGCACCGAAACCUGGAGAUCUUGAAGCUCUCCCUGCAACUCUCAAGAGGUGUGAUGCUCCUGCCACACCCACAGCAGGGGUAGUGACUUGGUAGCUUGAUUACCCCAAGGCAGUCACAAGUGCCCACUUUGAAAUAAUAAUGAAAUCUUUUAUUGCAUCUUUCCAGAUUUUCCCCAGUUUUAUUCUUUUCCUAUUAUAGGUUUUGCUCAGUGACAUAAGGAUUAUAGCCCUUGAUAUAAAGAAUGUUCUCAAUAUGAAACUUAACUGAUUUUUAAUUGUUUUUUCCUUUCCUGAAGUACUUAUUUCUUCUUUCAAAAAAUAAUAAAUGCACCUGUCCAAUG